AUGUGGACAGCUUUCCUCUCAUCUAUUGCUCUCGGCGCCGGGUUCGCCACUGCUGCAACCGAAGCAUCAUGGUCUUUCGAACUUCAGAACAUGACUUCGGGUGUUCUAGCCCUUGAGUCCAUUGUCGUCUCUCCGAACCUUGUCAUAUUUUUCGACAGGGCCACGGACGACCCCUUGCAAAUCAAUAACCACUCUGCCUGGGGUGCUCUCUGGGAUCUGGAGACCAGCACCGUCCAACCACUCGAUCUCCUCACCAACUCUUUCUGCGCUUCUGGUGCACUGCUGAGCAAUGGCACUAUGGCUAGCGUAGGAGGCGACCCACAAUUCUUUGCUGGAAAUCCGACCGCGAAAAGUGGUCUGAAUGCUAUUCGUCUCUUCGAACCUUGUGCUGCGCCCGACGGAACUGGUUGUACCAUAUUUGAGAACCCAGAUGAUCCGAGGUUCAACUUGGCCACACCGAGGUGGUACACAAGCUCUCUCCGCAUCUUUGACGGGUCUAUUAUGAUCGUCGGCGGGACCCAUACAGAUGCUCUUUUCUAUAACAUUGAUCCUGCCAACUCUUUCGAGUUCUUCCCAAAGAAAGAUAAUGGCGUUGCCCGACCAUCUCCGUUCCUUGCCAACAGUGGACCUUCGAACUUGUUCCCGAGGGUUUUCGCACUCCCAGACGGUCGUGUUUUCAUGGUCGCAGGUAACACGUCCAUGAUCUACGACAUCGAGGCUCAGACAGAGACUCUGCUCCCUGAAAUACCCAAUGGUGUUCAGGUGACAAACCCAAUGGAUGGCUCCGCCAUACUUCUCCCACUUUCCCCUCCAGACUUCAUCCCCGAAGUUCUUGUUUGCGGUGGCUCCCAAAACGACCCUGCUACACCGCCCGCAAACCUGUCGUCCCAGGAUCCUGCCACGACUCAGUGCAGUCGGAUUAUGUUGACGGAUGAAGGCAUCGCUGCAGGAUGGCAAGUGGAGCAUAUGCUAGAGCCGAGGACUAUGCCCGAACUGCUUCAUAUCCCCAACGGGCAGGUCCUUAUCAUCAACGGUGCCAUGUCCGGCUUUGCAGCCCUCGCCAGCGUGGGCGUAACCACCGGAAACUCUAACGCCGACCACCCAGCGCUGACUCCCUCUAUCUACACUCCCUCUCUCCCUCUCGGACAACGAAUCUCCAAUACUGGGAUGCCCACAGCCGACAUACCUCGAGUCUAUCACUCUAGCGUCACGCUCACGCCGCAAGGUUUCUUCCUCAUCGCCGGGAGCAACCCGAAUCCGAAUACGACGGCCCCGGGUCCAGGAGUGACGUUCCCCACAGAGUUCAGGGUUGAGCACCUGAACCCUCCGUCUUUGGCUCCAGGGGUAGAGAGGCCGACGUUUGAGGAGGGGAGUAUGCCGAGUAAAUUGGCAUUUGGGAAGAGCAUGACGGUGAAUGUUACGGUUCCAGAGGGUCUGGAUACGAGCGACGUCAAGCUGGCGUUAAUGGACCUCGGGUUCUCGACUCAUGCGUUUCACUCAAGCGCACGUCUCGUCUUCAUGAACGCUACGCUUUCGGACGAUAAGACGCAACUCACUUUCACCACCCCACCGAGCGGAAGAGUUUACCCACCUGGACCCGCAACAAUCUUCCUAACCGUGGACGAUAUCACGUCUCCAGGCGUGCAAGUUAUCAUGGGAAGUGGUGCUCCCCCUCCCGUGUCUGAGUAG